AGUUAGAAGUGUAUAAAAAUGCUUAGACGUUCUAUAGGGCGGUUAUAUAGGUACCAGGAAUUUGAAAUGCACCAUGAGGCCAAGUACCCCUUUAAUUAUGCUAGAGAGGCCCCUAAUACGUCCGUAUUUCCCCAGUUUCAACUUAACUUUUGGAUGUUUUGGGGGUUUGGUCGACAAGAGCUAUGGAUAGACAGGGAUUCGCGACGCUAUGAAACAUUUUGGGAAAUGGCUCGCCGUUUUCUCAUGUGGUUUUUCCCCUGCUAUUUUAUUUUUCCAUUUGGUAUUCCUAAAUGGAUAGCCUCCAACGUCUAUGGUGAAUAUGGCGAGAAACCAUUUUUAGAUCAUACUAUGCACUUACCUAUGGACAAUAAUUAUAUUGAAUGGGGUGGUAGCACUCUUGAUGCCGAGUGGCUUCGUCAUAUUCACUCGAAGGAGUCGUUCUGAAGACACUACAAUAUAUUUAUUUUUAGCAUAGAACCUUUUUAUUUAGCUUAAAGUAGUAUUUAGGAGCAUGCAUUGACAUUUAGCAACAUUUUUUUUGCUUUUAUGAUUCCUAGGAAAAAUAAUGUAUUUUAGUAUAGGGGUUUCCCUGCAUUUUUCCUA